GGAUGUCUCCAGGUAGGUAGGGGAGGGAAGCUGGCUGGCUGACUAACCCAUUAGCUGUGCAGUUGCUCCCAUAUUGCUUAGCGGAGCUCCAGCACAGAGUAAUCCAGCUGUCAGUGCGAGUAAGUGAGGCAGGAGAACUCGGAGUGUGUCGGCAGUGUGCACUCCCGGUGGGUACCACAAGGCCGGAGCUGGACUACAAGAUACACGAGCAGCAUUUGGAAAGAACUGCGGACAUAUACGCACACAUUUUCAAGAACAACAGGGAAGGAAAAGUCGUACGAGAUUAAAAAAAAACACUUGAGAGCAAUGCGCUGGCAGCAUGGCCAAAUGGUUCAAGGAACACCUAGGAUUCAAAAGCACCAAAGCGCCCCCUCCUGCUCCCCCGAAACCGGACUAUCGACACUGCCACCCGGCAGCGCCCGGCACGCCCGCAUACCAUCAACAACAGCUCAGCGUUGGGGCGACUGCCCUGUACCUGAGCGCCGCGCAGCCAGAUAUUCUCGCCGCCUACAGGCUUCAGAAGGAGCGGGACUUCGAGGAUCCUUAUACAGGCAGCGGCUCGUUUCCUGGACGCUCAGGUUCCACCGGAUCACCAGAUAUCAAAUAUGUUUCUCCCAAGCACCGGCUUAUCAAGGUGGAAUCAAUCGAGAAAUGCAACCCAAAUCCAGUCAGUGCCAACAGCUCAACCCCCGCCGCUUCCGCUGGGAACGUGAAAUCGCCCACUUCACCUCCCGCAGAACAGGAACACAAACACGAGAAGCCUGUUAUCCUAGAAGACUAUGCCGACCCCUUUGAUGCCAAACAGACCAGUGGGACCCAGGCAGCACCAGAGCAGGUGACGGAAAAUGAUGGCUACAUGGAGCCUUAUGAGGCCCAGAAAAUGAUGGCUGAAAUACGUGGGGGGCGAGGUGGGAAGGAAGGACUGACAAAGCCACUGCACCUCUACGACACCCCCUAUGAGCCAGUGGAGAACGGGAGCGACUCGGACCCAGAGCGAGGGACCCGCCCCCCCAGGGAGAGCCGUCUGCCCCAGGACGAUGAGCGGCCCCCUGAAGAGUACGACCAGCCCUGGGAGUGGAAGAAGGACCGCAUUUCCAAGGCAUUUGCAGUAGAGAUUAAAGUGAUCAAGGACCUGCCCUGGCCCCCUCCAGUGGGCCAGCUCAAUAGCAGCCCCCCCACAGAGGAGGGAGGGGAAGCCCCCACGCUGCCAGAGGCACCCCCAGUACCCUCUUGCCAGACUGCUUCCGAAGAACAUAACGUCCAGUUCGAUGGUGCUGAGAAAUCGCGUAUGUCGCCCACCAAGGAGGGCAAGGCACGGCCCCCCCAGCGCCACUCAAGUGGGAGCUUGUCAGGCGUGAAGCUUGGCUCCCUAGACCACAGCGCCUCCCUGGGGGAGAGGAUUGAUCCUACCCUGCCCCUCGAGAACCAGUUCUGGUACCAUGGCACCAUCAGCAGGACGGACGCAGAGAACCUCUUGCGCCUGUGCAAAGAGGCCAGCUACCUGGUGAGGAACAGCGAGACCAGCAAGAAAGACUACUCCCUCUCACUUAAGAGUAGCCAGGGCUUCAUGCAUAUGAAACUUUCCCGUACCAAAGAGAACAAGUACAUCCUGGGCCAGAACAGCUCCCCCUUCAACAGCGUGCCAGAGGUCAUCCACUUCUACACCAGCCGCAAGCUGCCCAUCAAAGGGGCAGAGCACAUGUCUCUGCUCUACCCUGUUGCCAUCAGGACGCUAUAGUAUAGCCACUGGGAGCAGCACUGGACAGAAAGCAAAUCUGCCACCAGGGCCUCCUCCCAACAUCACAAAGGUCAUCUCAUCUAGGACUAUUUAGAUCUGCAGAGUGGAUGCGAAUGUGUGCGUGUAAGUGUGUGCAUAAAUUAUUAUUAAUAGAAUUAAGCGCUUGGCUAUUGGAAUUCUGGUUGGUUCUAAAAUCCGGUGAGUUAAUAGUAGAACUUGGGGGUGGCUUCUAUUUCAGUCCCAUCAUUGCAUGUAAUCCUCUUGAAUCACCAGUAGGAGCUGCUGUGCAUUCUGUGGUCCGGUGACCUGUCUAUUUUAUAUGUAUUAAUGAGACCCUCUUUGUUUAACACUGUCCUUCUUUGAAAUCAACUGUUGAAGCCUCUAAACGAGUCUCUGCAAGGUCUAAAAAGAAUCCCCCAAAGACUUCUGUCACUGCAGGUACUAUUCCCCAUCUGCGCAGUGACCAAAGAAGAUCCAAGAAUAACCUGUGCUGCAAUAAAAGCCUUUCUUGGGCUAAUGGUCUGAUCCUCAAAUGAAAUCCUUUAUAUACUGUUGUAAGCAGUCUGUUAUUCCAGGAUCUCCCGUGUAGUUUCAUUUUAUUAUGAAGUUAUAAAAAGCUCCCCAGCUCAUUAUGGUUUAAACUGUGUUUCCACUGCUCAGCCUUAUUGUGCUCUGUGCACUCUCACCCCUGUAGAGCACCAAAAAACUUCUCAUGGAACUAAAAUCUAUUUGAAGUUCAACAUCAAAGCUGAUCGAUAUAGUUUAGCAAUUUUAGACAGUUACACAUACUGCAUACCCUCCCAAUAAGCUCUGCUUAUAUGUGUCCAGUCAAUAGGUAAUGAAAUGGGGCAUAUUUUUGCUUUGCUUUGAGGCCACAUUUAUAUCACAGUUUACAUUUCUCAGGAUGGAUUUCCAAGGGUUUGGCUUGUGUGUAGACUGUUUUUAUUUUUCCAUUUGGGGGGGGGGGACUGCUACACUUUGUAUGAAUUUCUCUCCUAAAUGACAUCGGGGCUGUGGUAUAAUUUAAAAAAGUGAUCAGAAAGACAGUGUUGCUGUGGUACUGUGUUGUUGUGCAUAGUAAUAGAUAACCACCCUCUGGUACUGUAAACUGUAAUUGGGGACAACCCAUGGUUCUGAAGAUACAACUUAUGAACACAGUCUGUCCCCAAGAGUAAUAACUGACUUCUCAGUAUAACAAGUGGAAUACCAAGUAUUUCCAUCAGCUACACUUUUUGAAAACUCAAAAAUCAUUGACAUAACCUAGUUGAUUUACUUAUUGCUUAUAUAACUUGUGGAAACGUUUAUUUUUUUAAUGCAGUGGUGUGGGAUACAGUAUUACAGAACUAGUUUUUCUUCUGAGGUAUGGGUGUAUUUAAAGAAUUAAAGAACAAUGUGUUGUGUUUUGUUUUAUAAUAAAUUAUGUACAUAUAUUUCUGCCUGGCUUAUUGCAGUCUUGUUAUAAAACUCUGUUGGGUGGAUUAAAUUGAAACUUGUCAUAGACAACCGCUAGGUAAGUUUAAAUAAAUUCAAUUAACAGUUCUGCCACUGGUUGUUUGGAACAGGUGGAGUUUGUUCAACUGAAUACAGCAACCAUUUCAAUAUUAAAAAUAGGUCAAAACCUAGAGUUUUACUUACUUUUAAAGACAAAAAUAAUCAGAUAAGACUCACAUUCACUCUCACAUGUUUCUUUUCACAAAGUCCCUUCUUUUUAAAGAUGUAAAGUGUUGCAGAAUACCCUGCAAAAGCAUUACGUUACCUUUGCUGUGUCCCGUGUUGUCUGCAACGUUAGUAUUUUAAACGUAUUGCCGACUCUUUUGAUAAUUACACAUCAUGAGUAAAUCAACUAGGCAAUAAGUUUCUCAGCAGUUACUCGGGAGCAUUCACCAGGAGAAGAAAUGAAAGGAUCGCAGUGUAUCAAGACAACACGAUUGCUGCGCUAUGGACAGCACUGGAUACAGCAAAGGUAAAGUAAACAUUGCAGGAGGUUCUGGGCAGCUGCAAAAUGUAGAUCCACCACCGUUUAGAUCAAAUGAAUGCAUCUCCGUGUCCCACAACAGACUUUCCUUGUGUUUGUAUGUUAAGCACUAACCAGAAAACAAAUUGAUUUCAUCCAACUCUUUCAGAUGAAGAUCAGAUGAAUUAAAAUCCACAGAGAUACCUCAUAAAGGCAAUGGCCACUGUGUACAGUCCCACCAUUAAUACCCUGCAGACAUUACCUGCUAGAUAACUGAUCUCUGCAUCACACUCUGAAAGACGGGUAUGGAUAAUGUCAGUGGCUGCCAGUUUAAUGGAAUACCUUAUUAAGUAAUGCUCAUUUGUACGUGAUCGCAGAGCUUGAAACUAAGCUGCUAUUCCAAUGAGCUUUUAAGCUUGACUGGCAUCUAGCAGUGAGAAUAACCGCUUCUCUAAAAACCGGAUUGACUGGGACGGUCUUUGAGGUCUAUAAUAGGCAGUUUAAGAAUGCCAACAAAGGAGAUGAAGUAAGCCUCCAGGCAAGAAUAUGGUGGCUCAUUAUACAGUCUGUUGCCAUUGUUGAUCUAGCAUGGAGAAAUGACAUGUUUAAAAAAAUAAAUAAAUAAAUAAAUGGCACUAGAUUAUUUUCUCCUAAAGCAACAUUGGUCUAGCAGUCAAGAAGUGUAAGAUCAGAUGUUGCACACACACUGUCACGGAGCAAAUUAAGGGAGUUGACAGAGUCAUAGCAGAAGGUUUGUAGUCAUAACUGCUAAAUGAGGGUGUUAAUACUGGUAUCCCAUCCCAUCCUGCUCUGCAGCAAUCAAAGCCACUUUUCAUAUGAUUAAUAGACAAGCCUAGACUUUAAGGCAUAUUCAAAACAAUAUUAUUGUCUAAGAAUUUGUUGGGACAUUUUUAGGUUUAAUGUGUAAACUUAACAAAUUAGCAUGUGAAGAAAAGAAUGACUGGGAAAUGUGAGACAGGAGCCUAUUGACAAUAACACCUUUGAGAACUGCAAUAAGAAGAAAUAGAAAUGGUUGUUUCAGGAUCACGUAGUGCUAACAUCAGCAGGUUUGCGUGAGAGAGUCUGGGUGUCUAAAUGUGUGUGGGCAGACUUGUGAUAAUUUGCUCUAUUCACAAGCUUUAAACAGCUUCACAGAUUCUAACGUGCACUGCUCUUGGACUAUCUAAGGGUAAACCAAGACAAGUGCAAAUCAGGAUCGCAAAGUUUACAAGAAACGCAUAGCAUUACCUUUGCUGUAUCCUGCGUUGUCCAUACUGCAGUGUUAUAUUUUUAAACAAAUCUUCUAAGGAUCUCAGCGUAUCCAGAUCACACUCCCUCCUGGUUUUCUGUUCCCACAUUAGCCACUCAUUUCAAUCAAACACCAGCAGUGUUGAAGGAGGGAUCGUGUACUGAACACAGUGCGAGGUAGAGUAAGGGUAUUCUUCUAAGCACUGCAGGGGGUUCUGUAACACUUGACCUGUUUAAAGAAGGGUUCUUUUAAUGGCUGAUAAAUCAAUUAGUUUGUUUUUCAUAAAGACUGUUGAUCAUGAUGUCAGACACCAAGACAUUUUCCAUGAACCGAAGGCUUUGAUCUGUUUGGAUUUCCCUUUGCUGUGUACAAGAGUGUAUGCAAUAAAAAACAUUGUGUGUGUUGCUUCUCCUACUACUAUUUAGUCGGUGUCUAUGGAGUCAAUGUCAAUUUAAGAUACAGAUCAAAGUCUUUGCAGACCGCUUGUGGUUGUAUAAAGGUGAUUCAUUUUCAUGAUCACUAUGGACAGCUGGUCUAUAAUACAGACUAUACUGUAUAUAGUGGGUUAAACAUUUAGAAAUCAGCUGAAUUUUGUAGUGGACUAAUUGAAGGCAUUUUUAAUUUCUGUCCAAUCCCUGCACCUGUAAUAUGUAUUUACACUGGACAAAAUCCCUACAAAUUAUCCAAUUUUAAAUUCUGCAGAGCAUACUAAUGAAAUUGGACAGGGACCAACACAGUUUAUAUUGAUAUCCAUUAACUUGCAGUAACCAGUUGAGCAUAAGACGCAUUACUGUGUGAUUUAUUUGUAUGCGUGUGUGCUUGCAUAUUAGUGUCUGAGGCAUAUGUAUUGUAUGCCCUACAUAUCGACAGUCCUGUUCGCCAAAUGUAUAUAUAUAUACUGAAUGUUUUGUCCAGGACAUUGAAUAUAAAAUGCACUGAUUAUUGUAUGGAAAUAAAUUUGGAAAUGAU